AUGGAUGCUUAAAUUUAGGUUUCAUCUGAAGAUUUUGAAGUAAACUCAGCUUAAAGGAAUACAUCUUAAUCUGAUCAAUCAGAUGAUUUAGAGAAUAUGAUGUAAUUCAGUAAACAAAAAAAAAGUAUUUAGUAAUAUGUUAUUAAAAGCUAAUAAAAGAUAAAGCAAAUAAAAUUUACCAAAUAUUAAAAGGGUAAUAUAAAAAAGAGAUAACAAGAUGACAAAUAAAUAACAACUAUAAUAUAAAGAAAUGCCAAAUAAUUAAUAAAAGAUGAAUUUAAAAAAAAAAAGUAGUCUUAGUAAUUAAUUUGCUGAGGUAUUUGAAGAUAACUUAUUAGCCAAUACUUAAUAAAAAAAUAAGAUUGAGUAAGUAUUUCAAGUCUAAUAAAAAUUUGAACACAAAAUUUAAGAAAAAAAUUAAUAGAACUAUCAAGGAUUAGAAAACGAUAAAAAUGUUUCUAUUUAGUAGCCAUAAUAAGAAUAAUUGGAUGUUAAUAACUUAUAAUAAAUAGAGGUUAAUAAUAUUUAAUAAAACCAACUUCCAAACUAUCUUAAUAAUACAGGAUAAUUUUAAUAUUUAAGAACUGCUUUGUCUAAAAAUAUUAAGCAUUAGCCUUUGCUUUUUAAGAGAUUUUUAAAUUUCCUUUAAAUGACAUAAGAGGAAUAUGAUCAUAUCAAAUAAUCAUUUCCAGAAAUACCGCCUGACUUUCUUCCAUAAUUUAUUUUGGAAUAAAGACAAAUUAAUAAGGCUUUCCAAAACAAUUAAAAUUAAUAACAAUAAUAAUAAUAAUAAUAAAUUAAUUAAGUUUUGUAGAAUUAAUUUCGUUAAUAAUAAUAGUAACUAAAUAAUUAAUUUAUGUUGAAUUAAUAAUAUUAAUAAUAAUAGAAUUUCUAGUUCUUUUAGAAUUAACAAUAAUAGUAAAACUAAAUAUAAUAACAUUAAGAACAAGAAGAACGAAAUUUUAUUGAAACUGAAUUUAAAUUUAACCCACAAUUAUCAGAUGGUAAUUUAGAGUGUGCUAUUUGUGCUUAAACUUACUUAAAUGGGGAAAAAUUGGCAAUAUUACUUUGUAUCCAUAGAUUUCAUUUAAAUUGUUUUACUAGUUGGAUGUAAAAGUCUCCAUUAUGUCCAAUUUGCCAUCAUGGUUGA